AUGGCCGACUCUCUCUUUGAGCUGCUGGUGCCCCAGCUCGAAGGCUCCAGUUCGCCCGAUGCUACCACGGCCCAGUAUCUCAAUCGCUUGUCUACCCUGUCCCUCCAGACCCUGCAGACAACAGAGCCACAGUCGCUCUCCCAAGCCUCACACUCGACUCUCCUCUCCCUCCAGGCUCUGUCCAACCGCUCGCACAAGGCCUUUAUCACCUCUGCCGAUAAUCUUUCCACCUUACGCUCAUCCAUCCCUCAAUUAACUCGUGAAGCUCAAGAACUGCGCGAUGCGCUGCCCAAGCUCGACCAGGAGGCGGUGGGCUUCUCCACAAAGUACAGCAAGAUUGCAGACAAUGCCGCUCUGGACCGACGGAAGAAAGCCAUGCAGCUGGCACGCAAUGUCGACCGACUAUCAGACAUUCUAGAGCUGCCGACCUUGCUAUCAACGGCCGUGUCCGCCGCGUCCGCAACCUCCGGCACCAGCGGUGCUUCCUCCUCCACAACCUACUCAUCCGCCCUCGACCUUUACGCACAUAUAAAACGUCUCCAGACCCUCUACCCGGACUCACCGUUGAUCAAAGACGUUGCGGCCCAGGCAGAAGAUGCAAUGAAAGAGAUGACGACCAACCUCAUCGCGGGGCUCCGAGCCCAGAACCUGCGUCUCGCAGCUGGCAUGCGAACCGUGGGCUGGUUGCGGCGUGUUGCCCCUGAUUUAGAGACUCUCCAAGCCGAUGGAGCUGCUGGCACAAGCGAAGGUGCGCUGGGGGCUGUCUUCUUGAUCUGCAGACUGGCCAACUUGGUGUCGACCCUCGAAGCACUAGAUCCGCUGCGUGAGCUCGCAGACCAAGAAACCCAGCGACGAGCCAAUGGCAAGGAUACGGAGCCAACUUCCUGGUCAGACGGACAGCAGACAGACCGCUACUUGAAACGCUACAUCGAAAUCUUCCGCGAGCAGAGCUUCGCCAUCGUAUCCUUGUACAAGAAUAUCUUUGGCUCCGAACAGUCCGAGUCUGAUCUGGCUGGGUCGGGCUUGCGGGGUGUAGAUACCAAAGUGAAAUCGCUUUCCUCGUCACGGCCGGCCCGUUCCGAUGAUCCUUUACAGCGCUUGCCCCCCGCGCUGGCAACGUUCCCCAUGCACCUAGUGCAGAUGCUCACCGAGACGAUGCGCACCUAUCUCCCCAAUGUACGGGACAAGAGCUCGCGAGAGAGCCUUCUCACACAGCUGCUGUACUGUGCCGCCAGCUUAGGCCGUCUCGGAGGGGAUUUUGGUAUGAUCCUGACCGAGCUGAGCGGCGAGGAGGAAAUUGGUUACGAGUGGGAGGAGGUGAUGCGCAAGCACCGGGCGCUGGCCGGACGGUUGGAGCAACUGACGCGGGCGUCUCAUUAG